UUUUUUAUAAGAAACCAUGUCCCUCCUCUCUUUAGCCCUAACGUAAGGAGGGUGUGUGUGUGAAUAAACAGAUCCUUGAAGGCCGGAGAAGUUCAGAAAGUAUUUGGAGCCCCUGCAACUCCAACCCUUGAAGAUUUUCAUCCCUGACGUCGCUCUGCUUCAGCUUCAGGUUGUCCUGUUCGGAUGCACUGUGGCCUAUUCGGUCGACAUUCUGACACCGUGCCAGAUAGAAGGGAAGCGAGUUUACUGAUGAUGAAAGAAGAAGGCAUGUGCCCAGAUUCACCGGAAGGCAGCUUGGUCACCAGUGAGGAAGAAAGCGAAAGGGUACCCAAGAAGGGCCGUCGCAAGAGGAGCCAGUUGGGCAAACCGUUAACGUCUUCAGCCCCACUCGAAUGCAGUACUCCUUCCCCGCAGGGCAAGCGCAGCAAACGUAGCCCUGUGCCGCAGCCCUUUGAGGACACACAUACGCAGCGGGUGAUUGCCAACGUGCGGGAGCGCCAGCGCACCCAGUCGCUGAACGAUGCCUUUGCCGAACUCCGCAAAAUCAUCCCCACGCUUCCUUCUGACAAACUCAGCAAGAUCCAAACGCUCAAGCUGGCCUCACGCUACAUUGAUUUCCUCUACCAGGUCCUGCAGAGUGAUGAACUGGACCACAAGAUCUCCAGCUGCAACUACCUGGCCCACGAGAGGCUCAGCUAUGCCUUCUCGGUCUGGAGGAUGGAAGGGGCAUGGUCCAUGUCAACAUCUCACUGAGACCCAGUUGGAAGAUAAACUCAGGAAGAAAGCCACCAUGCACCGUGCUUGUGCCUGAGACAAGAGCAGCAAUGAUGAGAGUCCUAUUGGGAUGAACUGAAGACACCUGUCCUGCUGCUUUUCUAUCGCCAACUAGAUGGAAAAGAAACCCCUCUGGGAUCCAGGAGAGGAGAUUCCAAUGCUCUCUUGCUGUUGCUUUGGGAAGAACGAUGCCACAUAGUGGUGACUUCAACAGGCAUGGACGACUUUGCUUGUAACAAGCUGAUCUCAAAAUGUCUACAGAACUCUGUGAAGAGCUAAUUUAUUUUUGAGUUUGCAGGUUUUAAGAGUAGUUUUUUUAAAAGUCGCUUUCUAUUUCCUAGGAGAGUUGGCUUUGUCGUAGGACUAACUCCGUUUCUUUGCGGAGAAGUCCCAAAUCCACAAGACCUGAAACUUUUUUGAAGUAAGUUGCUUCCUGCCUUUGCUUCAGCCUGGACUAAAUUUCUAAAACCAGCAUUGCUUGGAGAGCUUACCCAAUCCAUUAACUUGGAAGUCUUGUUCCUUCUCAGUGAGGGUGAAGGCUGGUCCUGGUUACUUGGACCAAGGGAAAUGCAUUCUGCACAUGCUCAGGAACAUAACCUUCAAAAUUAUCGUUUCAUAUUCUAGGAUUGAUAUAAAAAGAGGGUCUGUACUAAGCUCAAUCUAGUCCUUGACUGAGGUUGGGCUUUAUUUUUAGAGCAUUGGUCUGCAGUAGCUAAAUUCAAAUCCAAUAGCAACUUACAGACCAACGAGAUUUUCAGGAUACAAGCUUUUUAGAGCUUUGACUUUCAAAAGCUCAUACCCUAAACACCUUGUUGAUCUCUGAUGGGUACUGGAGUUGAAUCUAGCUGUUCUGGGCUUUAUUUUACUCAUCCAAAGACAGUUUACUAGUGUAUUUCCACAUGGUUAAAAAAUACAAUAUAAAUUGUGUCCUAUUAUUAACCAUGGCAAGGGUAAUGAAGAGAAAUCAGAUGGUUUACCUGGGGUUUUCCUGUUUCCCUUGGAGUUAUAUAAAAAGUGGGGGUGGUUUACCAUUCCCUAAUGAAUAAUUUUCUUCACCCUCAUUAGACUGUUAUUCCCAGUAUUUCUUGUGGCAAGCUGUGACUUAAAAAAAUAAAAAAAACUGAUUAAAA